AUGCUGAAAUUGUUUUUUAUUUUGACUUUCCUCUUUGUUGUUAACUCUGCAUUUGCACGAAAGUUUACUGUUCCACUACACAAGAUAGAAAGUGGUAGAAGUCAACUAUUAAAGCAAGGUAAUGAUAUUAUAUAGCAUAAAGCAGGGCUGGAUAAAAUAUUGUAAAGUAGAGUAGUGUAAGGUAGGAUAGAGUAAGGUAGGGUAGGGUAGUAGAGAGUAGAGCAAGGCAAGGAAAAAGAAAAGACUUUGAGAGUAUAGUCAAUAUAUAUUCAGGUACGUGGAGUCAAUUUUUAUCAACUACACACAGUAACUCUAAUUUACCAUCGUUUCGUAGGGAUUCAGAGAGUCGUUAUAACUACUUGGAAGCUGAAUAUGUUGGUAAGUUUUAUCAUUACUGCAUUAUAACGUCCAAGAAAAUCUUUUAUUAGGCGUUGACAUAAAGAAUCCGCCGUUUUUUACAGGAAAUUACAGAAAAAAUAUAGCGGGUUCUUUAUGUCGGUACCUAUUAUUUCUGAUAGUAUCUUUGCUUUUUCUUUUUAAACCUUAAUUACUGUAAUAUUUUAGUCUCAUCAACAGUUGGAACGCCUGGUCAGACCUUUUACACUAUACCAUCUACUAAAAGUGACUUGUCGUGGGUUGUGAAUGAGUCCUGUGGCAAUAAAAGUGCAGAGUGUUCUAGUCUGUGUAGAGGUGCUUAUUGUGAAUACCUAUGUUCAGCUGAAUGUUGUGUUGGUAAUGGUGAUCCAGCUUGCCGGAUUAGACAAAAGUUCAAUCCUGAAGAGUAAGUAGCUUUAAACGGUGCUGUUUUUAAAACUUGUGAUACUGUAACUUUUUAAUGCUCUUCAUACUUUUUAUACUAUGAUACUGUACGGUAAUUUAAUGUAAAAUACGGAACAAUAAUCGUUUAUAUACUAUUUAAGUAAUAACAUAGUAAAUUUACAUAGUAUACUUUCGUAUCAAAAUUAUUGAGUACGUUAGUGUUAUAUAUGACGUACUCAAAGCUUUCAAACUUGUUGACGAAAGAAGUACUGUAAUUUUAGACACUGUACAGUACGAUAUAUCAAAUUACUAACCUUUUUUAAGAUCACAGUCAUAUCAACCUUCAAAUGACACGUUUCAACAGUACACAGCAAUUGGUAGGAUUCUAGGUGAAUAUGGUACAGAUAAGUGGAAUGUAGAAGGGCUGAAUAGAUUUACUGUGAAAGAACACCGCUUUGGAGUUAUCAACAGUAUGGAAGACGAAUAUCUGGACUAUACGUUUGAUGGCGUUCUUGGAUUGGGCAGGAGCACGGGGGAGAAUGAAUGUAAGAAAUCUUCUUAUUGUAAAGAAAGUUCUUGUUGUAAAAAGUAAUUUUGAAACAGUUUUGAUUAAGUAGGGCAGGUUAUGCUUAGCGUACGGAACAGUACCGUAGGAUAAAGCAGGUUAGUGUAGGGUAGGGUAGGGUAGGGUAGGGUAAAGUAGGGUAAGUCUUUUUUUGUUACGGUAUCCUAUUUCAGUCAAACCGCUGCUAGUCCAAGCCAUAGAAGAGCAUCUCUUAGAUGAGCCUAUCGUAUCUCUCUACUUCAAAGACCUUAGUCACAAUAGGCAAGGUCAAGUUGGUGGUGGUAUAACAUUUGGUGGAAUCGAUAACCAACAUUGUGGUAUCGUACUAGAUUCUGUACCACUGAUUAGUUCUGAUCAAUGGAGCUUCAGACUAAAUGAAGCUAAAGUUAACAGGCGUACUGUAACCGGAGGAGAUACUGUAAUCGACAGUUCAUCUGCGUACAUUCAUUUUCCAGUAAACGAUGUAGAACUCUUUAUUACUGUUAUCAAUGCUACAUACGAUGUGAAGAAUGAGUUGUUUACUGUAGAUUGUCAUAGUGAUUUUACUUUUACAGUAACUAUUGGCAAGCAUGUAUAUCCAGUUGAUCAGAAGCUGCUGAUUAAAGAGUACGAUAGGCAAAGAUGUGAAUUGAUGAUAAAGCGAACAUACUCAUGGCAAGCACAUUCGUGGGUACUGGGCAUACCGUUUGUUGAGUCAUACUGUACUGUUCUGGAUUAUGGUGGACGAAUAAGCUUUGCGGCUAUUAUACAGUAA